UGCCCGCCCGCCCGCCCGCCGCCAACCCCCCGCCUUGGGGGCGGCUGCCCCCGGCGGAGCCUCCAUCUGCAGCCCGGCGGCGGGAGCGGGAACAUGGCGGACCUGGAGGCGGUGCUGGCCGAUGUCAGCUACCUGAUGGCGAUGGAGAAGAGCAAGAGCACCCCGGCGGCCAGGGCCAGCAAGAAGAUCACCCUGCCCGAGCCCAGCAUCCGCAGUGUUAUGCAGAAAUACCUUGAGGAAAGGGGUGAAUUGACCUUUGACAAGAUCUUUAAUCAGAAAAUAGGAUUUUUGCUAUUUAAAGACUAUUGCAUGAAUGAGAUCGACGAAGCUGUCCCUCAACUGAAGUUUUAUGAAGAGAUUAAGGAAUAUGAGAAGCUGGACUCCGAGGACGAGCGGCUGAGCCGCAGUCGGCAGAUUUAUGACACGUACAUCAUGAAGGAGCUCCUGUCCUGCUCCCACCCUUUCUCAAAACAAGCUGUAGAUCAUGUACAAACACACUUAGCCAAGAAACAAGUACCAGCCAGCCUUUUUCAGCCAUAUAUAGAAGAAAUCUGUGAUAGUCUCCGAGGAAAAAUAUUUCAAAAGUUUAUGGAAAGUGACAAGUUUACAAGAUUUUGUCAAUGGAAAAACGUAGAACUAAAUAUUCAUCUGACCAUGAAUGAUUUUAGUGUACAUAGAAUAAUAGGAAGAGGGGGAUUUGGUGAAGUGUACGGUUGCAGAAAAGCAGACACUGGAAAAAUGUAUGCAAUGAAAUGUUUAGAUAAGAAGAGAAUCAAGAUGAAGCAAGGAGAAACAUUAGCCUUAAAUGAAAGAAUUAUGCUGUCUCUUGUCAGUACAGGAGACUGUCCCUUUAUAGUGUGUAUGACCUAUGCCUUCCACACCCCUGACAAACUCUGCUUCAUCCUGGACCUGAUGAAUGGAGGAGAUUUGCACUACCACCUCUCCCAGCACGGAGUGUUUUCUGAAAAAGAAAUGAGGUUUUAUGCUACUGAAAUCAUCCUGGGCUUAGAACACAUGCACAAUCGUUUUGUUGUAUACAGAGACCUAAAGCCUGCAAACAUCUUGUUGGAUGAACAUGGGCAUGUGAGGAUAUCAGACCUUGGGCUGGCUUGUGAUUUCUCCAAAAAGAAGCCACAUGCUAGUGUAGGUACCCAUGGAUACAUGGCUCCCGAGGUGCUCCAGAAGGGAACAGCAUAUGACAGCAGUGCUGACUGGUUCUCCUUAGGCUGCAUGCUUUUCAAACUCCUGAGAGGCCACAGUCCUUUCAGACAGCACAAAACCAAAGACAAGCAUGAGAUUGACAGGAUGACCCUCACCGUGAAUGUGGAGCUACCAGAUUCAUUUUCUCCUGAGCUGAAGUCCCUGCUGGAAGGGCUUCUGCAGAGGGAUGUUAGCAAGAGGCUUGGAUGCCAAGGAAGAAGUGCUCAAGAAGUAAAAGAACAUCCUUUCUUCAAAGGCAUUGAUUGGCAGCAAGUCUAUUUACAAAAGUAUCCUCCACCAUUGAUUCCUCCCCGGGGAGAAGUUAAUGCAGCAGAUGCUUUUGAUAUUGGGUCAUUUGAUGAGGAGGACACCAAAGGCAUUAAGUUGCUUGAUAGUGACCAGGAAUUAUAUAAGAACUUCCCUCUGGUAAUAUCGGAGCGUUGGCAGCAAGAAGUAGCAGAAACUGUUUAUGAUGCAGUAAAUGCAGACACAGAUAAAAUUGAGGCCAGAAAAAGGGCUAAAAAUAAGCAGCUUGGCCACGAGGAAGAUUAUGCACUUGGGAAGGACUGUAUUAUGCAUGGAUACAUGCUGAAAUUGGGGAACCCCUUCCUGACCCAGUGGCAGCGUCGUUACUUUUACCUCUUCCCCAACAGACUUGAAUGGAGAGGAGAAGGGGAGUCCCGGCAAAACCUCCUGACAAUGGAACAAAUAGUAUCUGUUGAAGAAACACAAAUUAAAGAUAAGAAAUGCAUCUUACUGAGAAUUAAAGGAGGAAAACAGUUUGUCCUACAGUGUGAGAGCGACCCAGAAUUUGUUCAGUGGAAAAAGGAGCUGACAGAAGCUUUCACUGAGGCACAGAGGUUGCUGCGUCGGGCUCCCAAGUUCCUCAACAAAUCUCGGUCAACAGUUGUGGAGCUUUCCAAACCACCCCUCAGCCACAGGAAUAGCAACGGGCUGUAGGAGACAGGGAGCAACAUUCACUGAGGAGAAAGCUGCUUUGUUCAACGUGUCGAGUCUCACAGAAUCCUUAGGAAUUACUUUGUGCAGCCCUGGCUGCGGGAUGUGCCGAGAGGAGGGAGAUUGAGAUGUUUACAGCGUGGGAUGAUGUCAGGACUCUGUCUCUGGAGGUUGUGGAGACUGAAACAAUGGCAAGUGACUUCAUGCUCCUGGCAGUGGUGGCAAUCACCAACCUUGGAGGCUGCAUAUUGCUCCCACGCAUCCCCACACCCCGGUGGUGUCCGUUACUCUCCAACUACUGAUGGAAGGAAGGAAGGAAGGAACAAGAUGCUGUUUCCUCUGCAAUACCCUGGUUUGGUGUGUACCAAGCCUGGAGGCCAAGGUGGUUCCUGCUGGCUAGGACAAGCCCUGGUGUGUGUGUGACCCUGAGAAACCCCUCGGCUGUGGGAGGAGCUGCAGACUUGCCCUGUUGGAUAACCUUUGGUCUGUGGUGUUGCCAUGUUGUUCCCACCAUUACUGCUGACUUGAUGAUAACCUUUCUCCGUACUGCUGGUGAUCAACAGUGUGACUCUUAUGCACUUCGAAGUACUGAGUUCUAACUGUCCUGUGGUUUAAAUGUUAUUGCUACUUCGUGGAAACCUUGAACUCAGAUUAUUCCCUUGGUUUGUUGUACUCGCUAAUAGUAGCUACCACCGUUUUGCUUCUUCUACGUAUAUGCAGUACUAUAACUGACACAAUAGAGUAAUAAUUGGUGAAGAGGAAUUUAUGGUAGCUUCAUCUUGUGCUCUGUUGUAUAAAUUGACUAUUUUAGCACAGUUUUUAAAGAGCAGAUUCCUUUUGACAAGUUUACAGUGAACAUAAAGACAGUUCUUUUCCAUUUCAGGUCAACUGCACUUUUUAAAAAUUAAAAAAGUUAUUCAAAUCCCAUGCAUUCCAGUGCAUGUCCUGGGUUAAAGUAUCUGAGUACCUCGGUACGUAUUCGGGAUCACUCUUCAGUUGUGGGACUUGUGGAUCCUUCUCUGUUGUACACAAGAACAUUAAGCAAGUGUGUUCUCCCAGUGUAGAUGUCCCAGACCUUUGCUGUAGCUCAGCUCAGGAGGUUCCUGCACACAUCUCGUGGCUCAGCUUGCAAAAGGAUUUUUGGUUUUCUUUCUGAGAGUUCCAGAUGUCCACAUAGAGAACAGUCUGAGAAUGGAACUGAAAAACGAGCUGAUCAAAUGCCAGGUUUCUGUUAAUUCUACUUGAACCAUCAAUCAUGUCAUGUGGAAACUCUUGCUAAGGCAAAAAUAUCACCUUAGACUGUCAGACAACGUUGAGCAUGUGCAGGCAGCCUUCCCCUGGUUGUUGUGAUGUUUUGUAAGAGAUAGGUCAGGGCCUGAAUUAAAGCUUUUUUUUUUCCUGAUUUGAUAAUACCUUAGAGAACAUUUUCUGCCUGGUUAGGGUGGUGCCACUCUCCUGCUCCCUGGAGACAAUGGGAAUUUUAUCCCCAUAAAUGGGAGCAGAUAUUCCCCCAGCAGCUGGUGUGUUGCUGAUGGGAAACUGCAGAGUCCUAGACCUGUUUUCCUUGUAGAAAGGUACAAAUUGGCAAACACAGGAGAAUUAUUUUCAAAGUACUUGUUUAUAUCCUGAGCACACUUGUAAUAAAAUGUGGAUGUAUUUGCUUCUAGAAGUGGGAAUGGCUCAACUCAGCACAGUGUGUGCUGUCACACGUGUGUGACCCCUGUCCCUGCUGCAGCCUAAAAGGGAAAAUCCAUUUGGGAAGAUGCCCCAUGUCACUCAGGUGAUGUCUCAGUGAUUUUCUGUUUCUUUUUUCCCCCAUUUGUUUAACAAGACAAUCUGUAAAAAGAGUACCAGCUUCUCUGUCAUCCUUACUGGUAAGUGAUGUUCAGCCUCAGCAUCCUCUGAUGCUGGUGGUUACCAAGGUGUGGCACAGAAAAUCUCAUUUCACUGCCACUGCCUGCUCUGGGUGGGGGGCAGCUUUCCCUACAUACCAUGCUCUGCUUUCAUUUUGAUGUUUGCUCUGGAAAAAAAAAAAAAAAAGAACCCUCAGAUUGUGGUAAAAGCAGCUCUUGGUUCUCAUGUGACUUGUUGAUACUUUCUUACUCCAUUAGCAGUUCCAUCCUUCACUCUGAGCUUUGUUCCAUGCUUGCUUUUUACUCCCAGCCCUUGCUGGCAGAGCUUGGCAGGUUGUGGUGCAGCCAGCCCAGGCUGUGGUGCUGGUGUCUGUGCAGAAAUUGUGCCUCAAAGCCACAGACUGAGUGUGAGAUGCAGGCUGUGUGAUGCCUGAUGGAAAUACACAGGUUCUGAAGUGGGGUGGAGUGGGGAGCUCCUUGGCCUGGGUGCCAUGCUGCCAGGCAGCACUGCUCACCAGGGCUGGGAGUGGAAUGGCAAAAAAAUGUGCUUUUCUUUGGCCAGAUGAUUUAUUGGCAGUUUUUAACCCAAAACUGUGCUGUUGGGAGAGGAAGAGAGGUUACUGGAGUGAGAAACUGGUGUGUGCUGGGGGAGAGCUGGGGUCUCUGGGUGGGAGACACUGGUUCUGGUGGUGAGGGAGAGCUGGGGCUCCAUCCUCCAGAGCAAGAUCUUAGAUCCUGCUCCCAGCUGAUUGCUCCUGCUUUAGGUACCAAAUUCCUUGAAGUUCUUUCUUGGGCAGAGGUCCUUGCUGGUGAUGUUUUGCAUGAGGUCUGUGCUGUAGGUGCAGAAAAUGCUGGUGAGGGCAGAGAGCAGGGGGUGGUGGUGCCUCAUGCAGCAUGGCCAGGUUUGUAGGACUUCUUUUUAAUAUUCAGGGAAGUAAAUACAAAAGAAAUCAGAGCUUCAGGCAUCAGCAGAGCUGAGUAAAUGAUUAAACACAGAUUUUUAUUAAACAAAUAGUAAUAAAAAAAAUCCACCAAGAUUUAAGCAUGGAGGGGAAUUGUUUCUUCUGUUUCAAACUGGAGGCUCCCAUGCCAGACAGCUGGGUUAAAUGCUCCCCUGACAGCCCCAGGAGCCCUCAGUGCUGCAGAGAUUGUUUUCUAAUUACUCUGUGUCUCUAAAGAACAAGCUGACAAAUGCAGGAGGGCUGGAGAGCAAGUGCAGGAGUGAUGUGAUGCUGGAAAGGGGGAGUUUCUGCUCAGGGGAUCAGAGUGGCUUUUAGGGGAGCUCCAGCUCUAUUCUCUGGUUUCCCCUCUUCCUCCCUUUCUUUUUUUUUGACUCUUCCCCCUUUUCUUCUCCUUUUCCCCCUCUUCUUCCCCCCUUUUUCCCACUCUGGGUAGGAUGGCAGUGUUGAUAGAUGAGAGUUGCUGUAAAUUAAUGUCUCACUGCAAGAGCAGGGAUACAUCAAAUUCUCACCAAAAUCUCACUUUUGUGAGUUAAAAUUUUUAAGUGCAGGAGAAGCAAAGCACUGAAUAUUUUCCUGCUGGAAGCAAAGUGCAACUGAGGAAGCUUUGGGGCUGGUCAGGAGCUGGGUGGGUGUCAGCUGAGAUGGCCCAGCUCUGCUGGUACAGAUUUUUAUCAUUCAAAUGUAUCCAGUAAUUAUUCUGCAAAUUCAUGAAACUGUUACAGGAACAUUUACUAAUUUUAUUUUAUUUUUUUAAUCUUUCAUCUGGCUGUGAGCUCUCCAGCUUCCUAACUAUAAAACCUCCUUGGUAUGAGCUGUGUUUGAGCUCUGGGUCUUGUCCCCAGUCCAGCCAAGUCCAGGGCUGCAGCCUCACCAGACCCUCCUCAAACCAGUGCAGUGAGAGAGGCUCUGGAGCUGACCCAGCUUCCCUUGACGUUCCCCAUGUGGUACCCCCCAUAAGGCUUCAAAAAUAGGCUCUGGGGAGGCUCAGAAUAUUUGGCUGUGGGGCUGGGGAGCCUGGUGGGUCAGGCCAGGGCUGUGCUGAGCAUGCACACUAAAGGAGAGAGACCUCAGCUUGGCUGGGAUUAAGGGAAUGCAAGAACUCUGCUUUGGAGAUGUGGCAACAGUUGGCUUCCUUUUCUUCUUCUUUUCGUUUUUUCUUUCUUUUUUCCUUUUUUUUUCUUUUUUUCUUUUGUUUUUUCCUCUUUUUUUUUUUUUUUUUCCCUCUCCCACUACUUUUGCAAGGGUUGGAACUGCCAAGGGGCUCCUGGGGUUGGUUUUGUUCUGGUGUGUGCAAUGCAGGGCAUGGGGCAGAGGAAAUGUUGUGCAUUGGGAGCUAAUCCCAAACCUGUUCAUCCAGCUGGGAUCCCCUGCAGGCAGCUGCUGGGGGGCUGGUGCUGGGACCCCCAGAUCCUGCAGGAUGGAGCUCCCCCUGCCCUCUGAUGCCUCCUGCAUCAGUUCCAGGUGGGUCACAGCAAAUUAAAUCCUGAGCAGUGACCUGGCUGGAGGUGGGGAUGCUGCCCCUUUCCUGGCAGCUGGGCAGGGACAGGGUGGAGGCUUCCAGGGGGUUUGGCUGAGCUGGGAGGCACUGGGAGGCACUGGGAGCUCCCCAGGCAGCAGAGGGCAGGGACUCUGAAAUGCUCAAAAUAUCUAGGGAGGAAAGGACUUACUUUGAAGUGUGCAGUAGAAAGUAAAUAAUUCUAGUUGUUGUUGAUUAAUGUCAGGACUGGGUCAGUUCUAGAGGUUAAUGAUAAAAAAAAAAAAAAAAGAAUAAUCUGAGAGGUGUAUUUU